AUGCCCAAUAAAGAUAGAAAAAAAAAUGACCAAAAAAAUUCUGAUGAAGUAGCAGUUCCAAAAUAUAAUCUUGGUACAGAAGAUUUAAAAAAGGUUGCUGAUUAUUUUGCCACUGAAGAUGAAAAUAUUGGUGGUUUGAAUGAGUCAUUUGCAAAGUUAACAUUUAAUAAACCAGAAGCAAAAAAGGUGCCUGUAAAGUUAAAUAAAGAACAUGUACAAAUUUUAAUGAAUGGUUUUGAAAUGAGUAAAACUAAUGUAGAAAAAAGAUUACAGAAAUUUGAAGGAGAUCCAAUUAAAGCUGCUCUCUCAUUUAUUGGAUAUUAA